AUGUACAGUGGGCAUAGGUUACGUAUCGUACAUCAUGAGGAAAUCAACGAUGAUCAAGGCACUGAGCACAUCGAGGAACGUUUGAAUGCUCUGAAAAAAUCUGAAGCUAGAAUUAUUCUCCUCUACAGUACGUUCAAUGCAGCAAGGAAGAUUUUUCAGGUAGCAAAUGGCCUUGGUUUAUUAAGCAGUAAAUAUCUUUGGAUUGGAACACAAUCGGUGAAAGGUUCGAUGAGCAGUGCCACCUCACCGAUCCAACCGGGAAUGUUAUCGAUCAACUUUCACACUCUGUCAAAUGCGAUGUUUCCACCAACAGACGAUGUUCUACCACUCAUUAUUGGUCUUGCUCCGAAGUUGUUCGGAUUGGCCUUGAGUAAGCUAUCGCUCAAUGAAACAUUUUCUGUUCAGUCGACAUCGACGUGCGACAAUAAUGCUAGCGUGACAUCAUGGCGUGAAGGAGGAAUUAUUUACGAAACAAUGAAGCAGAGCUUCAUAAAAGGAAAUCCAUACCAUUUAAAGGACGGUCUUGAUUCAUUUUUCUAUACGUUCACGAAAGAUGGCAAGCUCAAAGACUCAUAUUUGACCAUAUCGAACCUUCGAACAAAGCGAGCCAAGGAUUUCAGAAAGGGAAAUCUUGUUUGGGACAAGGUUGGCGAAUUUACGAACAACGAGCUGCGGAUGGACGAUAUCGAGUGGCCUGGUGGAAAGGCAAAUCCACCGCAAGGAACCGCGGAUAGUUUCCACGUUCGAGUGGUCACCCUGCAUGAACCACCGUUCAUUAUCGUUUCCGAUUUGGAUCCGGAAAGUGGUUCAUGCCCCGGGAAUCAAGGCGCUAUUUGCGAUUGGGGUGUUGAAGAGUUCACAGACGAUGGAGUCUUGAGGUGA